AUGGUGGAAUCUCUGUGGGAUUCUUCAAAGGAGGUGUUUAGAGGAUGUGGGUCUGAGCUAGAAAAUUCCUUGGAUUCUAUUGUUUGGGGGAUUGUUAUUCCAAUGAACUCCGGCGCACAACUGUUGAAAGCUGAAUCGUGGGAGGUUCGCCGGUCAACUGUUGUUGUUGCGGCAUAUAAUCCUCUAUUCAAGGGUGUUGCAUUUCUAUCUGCAUGUGAGGUUCAUGGGAACAAGUACAAGGGAGGGAAUGAAAAGGGUUAUACGAAGAGUUGUUUGACUGCUUUUUGUUGGUUGGGAAUGGGAACCAAAGUCCAGAAUCUUCCAGGAUAUUACUCAAUGAGAGAUCUUAAUGAGGAAUCCAGCAGUUGUGGCUGGCCCCUAUUUUACGGUGAUAAAUCGCUCUCAAAUGGGCAGUACUAUAAUAGUUAUUUGCCAAGUUCUACGACAGAAGCAUGUUCUGCAUAUGAUAAGGAUGCUGUGAAGCGGGUGAUGCUUGAGCAUGAGGCCAUAUUUAAGAAUCAGGUCUAUGAACUUCACCGUUUGUACAGAAUACAAAGGGAUUUGAUGAGUGAGGUUAAAAGGAAAGAAUUUAACAGAAACCAGAUACCAGUUGAGGCAUCGUUUUCUGCAGGUCAAAUGGCAUCUCAAUUAACUACUGAUGCCGGACAAAAAUGGCAUAUUCCUGUGGGAAAUUCUACUUGUGCUAAAACAUCUGUGUCAGGAGUUGAGGGCAUUCAUUCUCCUUUGGACUCAACGAAAGGGAUCGGCAAACAAACAAGUCCAUUUCCAUCCCCAAAUGGGUGUAGCUCAAAAGAUGUUGAGGUGCUUGAGUCUAGACCCUCAAAGGUGAGGAGAAAAAUGUUUGACCUUCACCUCCCUGCUGAUGAGUACAUUGAUACAGACGAAAGUGAAAAGCUCAGUGAUGAAAAGACAAGUGAUCCAUCAUUCUUUCUUUCUGAUAGAAAACGUAAAAAUGGAAAGGAGGGUGAUGCGGAACAUUUUUAUGGCAAUGGUGAGAAGACUGGCAAUCAGCAGGACACUUCAAGAUCUGAGCAAUCAUUAAGGAGAAGGAAUGGUUUGGCUGACUUAAAUGAACCUCUUCAGGUGGAGGAAACAUACAAUUCUCCAUAUGUUCACCUCCUGAACCGUAUCCCCUGUCAAGGGGCAGCUGAACGUUCUGAUCUCUCUGCCACUGUCAAACAAAAGUCAGAGUAUUUUGGUUUAUCUAGAGAACAAUUGCUCAACUCACAUCAUGGAACUGACAGUUGGGCUCAACAUAAUGGUUAUUUGGAGAACAAUGGGGGUGGAAAAGGGUGGUAUCAAUCAGUGGCUGGGGCAGGGCAAGCCAAAGGCACUACACAAUCUGGUCCUCAAGUCCUCAGACUGGAGAAAUCACCCAUAUCUUCCCAAACAAUACAAGAUGCACUUAGCAAAUUUCAUGAACCUGCAUUUGAUUAUCUAAAUGGUAGAAACAAGGCUGACAUCUGGAGGGAAAAGACAGUUAGUGACUUACAUAUCGGUGGACGAAAUCAUGAAUACCCUAUCAACAAGCAUCCUGAGUCUGUGAUACCAUUACAUAGACCUGGUCUUUUUGCAGCUGCUCCUUCCUCUGAUUUAUCCAAGUCUUGGUCUCAUUCAGCUUCUUCUUGGGAAAUGGCCAAUAGCAGCCUAAGCCAGAGAUUGAUGUCAAUUCAGACACCUCCUUGCCCAAAUGUAUCUGGUGCUCUGACUAGGAUUUCCCAGUCACAAAGUAAUGGGAUAUUGGAAGAAUGCUGCUGGCCUCUAAAUAUGAAUUCCAAGCCCAACACUGGUUCUCGAUGUGAAGCACCUCUACAGAAUGGAUUUUUCCCUGGGUCUUCAUCUGGGUCCAAGGAACCAUCAAUGAACAUCUCUUCAAUUAGCUACGACUAUAUCAAUCAUAAAAAUGACUGUAAGAUAAUUCCUGAUCACUUUAUCAACAAUGUUCCAUCCAAAUCCUGUAAGGGUUCAGAUUCAAAUUGCAAUGACAUGAAGUCUGGAAAAGAUAUUGACUUGAAUGUGCUGCUGCCGAAUGGUUCAUCCAACAAUUUAGUUCCCCAGUCAGGCAUUGGGAUAAUGAAUGGGGAACAGAAGAAUGAGGAGUGUCAUGUUGUGUUGCCCUGGCUUAGAGGAAAGACAACUUGUAAGAAUGGAGUACCAAACUCUGCAGGAGAGUCAGGUUUAUUCCAUGCUGCCUCAUUGUCCAACAAAGAUGAAACUGCCAAGGGACCUAGCGGACAAUUUAUGCACAAUGUAACUUCAGUUUUGUGUUGUAAUGACCUUGAAGUGAGGAAAAUAGAGGUUAAUGAAAGCAGCACUAAUAAUAGGAAAAUUCUUGGCGUUCCCAUAUUUGAUUUGCCUCGUAUUUCUGCCAAAAUCGCUUCUCCGUCUGUGUCAAAUCCUAAUCCAUCUGAUGUAAAAAUAGUGGAAAAUAAGAAAAAACAGAUACUUGAUAUUAACUUGCCUUUUGAUGCUUCUAUCGUCGAGUUGGAGAAAGAAGCAUUCACUGAAACUGCUGCUAGCAAGACAAGGUCUCCUACAAAAGCAGACUCUAGAAAUCAAAUUGAUCUGAACUUGAGUAUGAGUGAGAAUGAAGGAUCUUUCACAAAUAUACCGAGUGAAAAUAUAAAAGUGAAGGCAGAUAUAGAUUUGGAAGCCCCUGUUGUUUCUGAGACGGUGGAGGAUGUUGUUUCUGAAGAAAAGCAGCUUGAAACUUCUUUAGAAUCAUCGCAAGUCCUAAAAACAUCAGUUGAACUGCCAAAGGAUGAUGAACUUAUGACAAAUGCAGCAGAGGCAAUUGUUGUCUUGUCAUCUCUUUUAUGUGAUGAAGUGGAUGGUAUGAUCAGUGAUUGUCCAUCAGAAAGUCCAAAGGUGGACAUGCUAAAUUGGUUCGCAGAUAUAGUUUCCUCAUGCAAAGAUAAUCUAGAGGGAAAGUGUGAUUUUUCUAGGGAAAAAGAUGGGGACGACAAUGAGGAGCUUUCCUCUGGGGGAUUAGAUUACUUUGAGGCAAUGACAUUGAACUUGCCAUACACCAAGGAAGAAGACUACAUGCCCAAUCCUCUUGUUCCUGAAAACUUCAAAGUGGAAGAAACAACUACUUUGUUACCAACUCGGACACGAAAGGGGCCAGCAAGGAGAGGGCGUCAGCGAAGGGACUUCCAAAGGGAUAUUCUUCCAGGUCUUGCAUCUUUAUCAAGACAUGAAGUAACAGAAGAUCUUCAGACAUUUGGUGGGAUCAUGAGGGGAACAGGUUAUUCAUGGAAUUCAGGAUUGACUAGGAGAAGCUCAUCUAGGAAUGGUGGUGGCAGGGGGAGAAGAAAGACACAGGUUGUCCCUUCUCCCCCGACACCAGUGGCUACCAAUGAAACUAGCACCCCACUGAUGCAGCAGCUUAAUAACAUUGAAAUUGGAUUGGAGGAUAGAAGCCUAACAGGUUGGGGCAAGACAACCAGAAGGCCCCGCAGACAGAGGUGCCCGGCUGGUAAUCCUCCAUUGAUCCAGUUAACCUAA